AUGAAACUCUUAGGAUUAAAGAAAUGGAACGGCAAGAAGAAUGGUCGUGAGAUCAAAUUGCUUGCCGAAAAUAAAGAGGAUUUGUUCAGUAUCUACCAAUUAGUGAAGAAAGAUGACGUCAUAGUGUUCAAAAAACAAGUGAGUAGUAGUGUUGAAGGUGGCAAGAAGAAGAAUGAAUUGGUGUUGUUGAAGAUACGUGUUGUGAGUGAGGAAUUCGAUAUGGGUGAGGAAUCGUUGAGAUACAAGGGGGUGACGAUAGUGGAUGAGAAUGGGAAAUGUAAUGCCUCUGUUGGUGUUGGCAAAUAUUUCAGUUUUGGAGUGAAUUACGAAUAUCCAUUCACGUUGAUCAAAGAAGAGAUGGAUAUUUAUGAAGAGGGGAUAUUGGACGAGGCAUGUGGCCAUGAAAAGGAGAGCGAUACUGCUGCAGUGGUUUUACAAGAGGGGAUUGCCCACGUGUGUGUGUUGAGUGAUUCAAGUAGUGUUUUGAAACAAAAGAUUGAAUAUUCGUUGCCCAAGAAGAAACGUAGCACCGAUGUCUUGAAAUUUGAUGAAAAGACAGAGAAGUUUUAUAAAGCCACAUACGAAGCGAUCAAGAAACAUUAUGAUAUGAAUGGAUUGAGAGUCGUGAUAUUGUGUUCACCGGGGUUCUAUGCCAAGACGUUAUUUGAAAAGAUCUUGGAAUACGGCAAUGAAGAACAUAACCGAGACAUAUUGGAUAAUCAAGACAAGUUUUUCGUGGCCAAUUGUUCGACAGGAUAUUUACAAGGGAUCUCUGAGGUGUUGAAGAACCCAGAGUAUUCUAGUGUGUUGGAGGAUACCAAGUAUAGUCGAGACGCGAUGAUCUUGGAUGAAUUUCUAAGCCAUUUGAAUGAAGAUGAUGGGAAGGCGUGGUAUGGUGAAAGAGAGGUGAAGCAUGCGGCAGGGUUGGACGCAGUGGAUACGUUAUUGAUUACGGAUGAACUAUUGAGAGGAGAUGAUGUGAGCAAGAGAAAGGAAUGCAUGGAGUUGGUGGAACAGGUGAAGGGCACGGGCGGGAAAGUGAUGGUGUUCAGCACGUUGCAUAGCAGUGGGGUGGAAUUGGCGCAAUUGACGGGCAUUGCGUGUAUUUUGAAGUACAGCAUACCUGAACUUGAGGAGGAUGAGGAGUAA